AUGGCAGCAAAACAUGUAACCUUACUGUAUUUUGGUUUGCUAGUCUUGAGUUCUUUGUUGGUUAUAUCUGUGUCAGCAAAGAUAGGUUCUUGGAAACUAAUCAAUGAAGUCAACCGCAAAGGGCCUUAUAUUGGUCUCCUAACUGUGUUUCCACCAGAAGAGAAAGCCUUUUUAGGAACUGGGGCUUUGAAGCCUGAUCCUAAGCACCCUUUUGUUGAUCUGUCAGGGCGAAGAUAUCGAAUCGGAACAAUCUAUGGGAAGAAAGUCAUCUAUGUGAGAUGCGGGGUUGGACUGGUCAAUGCUGCUGCGGUGACACAGCAAAUGCUGGAUCUGUUUGAUAUAACUGGGAUUGUCCAUUUUGGCAUUUCUGGCAACACUAAUAAUUCUAUGUCCAUUGGAGAUGUUAGCAUUCCCAAACAGAUUGCUAAUACCGGCCUUUGGAAUUGGCUGAACCCAAAAGGAACUGUGGAUCCAGCUGAUGUUGCUCAGUUAGAGGUUAGGAAAUAUAAUGUACCGAAAGGAGAUGGUGCGAAUUUGUUGGGAAAAAUUAGUUACACUAGCGAGCAGUUAUUUUCAGUGUCAAUGGAGCCUAAUGCUGCCACAACCGUGUUCUGGGAAGAAGUAAGUCAGCAUUGGCUUCAGCUUGCUUCUAGCUUAGAGGGGAUGGAACUGGAGAGGUGUGUUAAUUCAAGCUUGUGCCUUCCACAAAAGCCUAAACUAGUUGUUGGGCUCAAGGGCUCGACCGCAGACAUUUUUGUGGACAACGCAGCUUACAGGGAUUUCCUUUUUAAAACUUUUGGGGUUUCAUCAACCGACAUGGAGAGCUCUGCUGUAACAUGUUGGUCAAACGUUAUCCCUAUAAUUGUCAUCCGAGGGCUGUCAGAUUUAGCUGGAGGACAAUCAGGAGCGAAUGCAAUGAACACUUACGGUUCGCUUGCAGCUCUGAAUACUGCCAAAGCUGUUCUUAAAUUUAUCAGCAAGCUACCAGGAAAAAAUUCUCGAUAG